UCUCUCUCUCUCUCUCUCUCUCUCUCUUUCUUGACCGACCGACCGACCACUUAAUCUCGCGUGUGUCUCGAACGUACCUCGCUAACCUCGUGUCUUUUUGAUUUUUUUUUAGACGUAAAGAAUAUCAAACUGGAGGCUAGUCUGGAGGAGUGCCAAUAUCCGCUGGUGAUAAUGGAGUCCAAGGGCUCCGACGACGACGAGAAGCCGUUCAGCUCGAGGAGUCGCCGGAACGGGCUCAAGUGCACAGUCGACAGGCAUAUGUGUUCGCGCUGCUCGAAGAGCUACAUACACGCGUGGCACCUGAAGAGGCACACGAAGUUCGAGUGCGGCCAGGAACCGAAGGUCCAGUGUCCUUACUGCGCCGUAAAGAUGAAGCAACGCGGUCACGUGUACAGGCACAUCCGCCAAUGCCAUCGGGGCAAGAAUGUCUACGUGAUCGACCUUAACUGAGAGAGGGUGCGCGCGCGACGAGAUACCGACGAAAUCAAACAAACCGGAUACCAUGGUUCCUAGGCACACUUUGCAACUUUCUUGACGUUCGCGUUCUAUUUAUAUCUAUUUUUUGAUACUCACCGAAACGGGACUUGCUUCGCGACACCGUUCGACACCUCGACGAUGUUUCGUUCUGCGCGAGAGAGUCCUGUCUCUUCUUCUCUUCUCUCCUCUUCUUUUCGCUGGGCGCUCGGUCACGCGAGAAAUGUGACAUAUUUAUUCGAUUCGUUUUUCGUUCUUGUAAAUUGCGCGAAUUCGACAGAGAUAUGAUGGGUUUGUAAAUAUUGUAUCUUUAUAUAGACGUCGUAUUCAGUUGUAUCGCAUUUGUUAUAUCACUUCGAUGAUAAUUGUGUAUUAGUCGUUAUGCUCUUAGAAAAAUUACUUCCUGAACACAGAAUAAAGUACUACUAUUAUA